UCAGUUGAGAUCUGACUUCGGUUGAGAGUGAGGUUACUUCCUCCUUUCUCCUUCGUGUCGUUGUUUUCCCGAUAAGCAAAAAACAGGAAAAAACACCGACUAGCUUUUAACCGACAACAGAAAGUGAGGAAUUUUACCAAAUAAGUUUCCUAAAAUUUCGAAGAAAAAAAAACUUUAUAAAAAAUAUUGCAAAUUUUUGCAUAAAUAAAUUAACUAUAGCAGUGCAGUGUUUUAGACGACAUUAAUUUUUUGAACGGUACAUACAUAAAUACGCUACAGAAACUUUAACUUUGGUGCUAAAUUAUACAGGGUGCUCUAAAAAUUAAAAGAAAAAAACAACAUAUUUACAAAAUUGUUACCAACUUGGUUAUCGUUUUCAUUGCCAUUUUUACUACGAAAAGUGAACUUGGAUCGCAUCUUUAUCUUAUCAGAUUCAUGAAUAUCUGAUCCUGUGACAGAUUACAGUUACGUCUUAAAACCAAGCAACAUUUUCAUAUGGAUGAAAGCGAGAUUUAUAAAUUUACCUACAGACAUAUUUUUAUGAUAAGUGAGUGAUUCAUUAUUACGUUAAGAGAAAAAAACGAGACUACGAAUUAUUAUCAUCACAACUUGACAGCUACGUAUUUAACUCUUUUACUACUUAUCAAUCAUCAUCGUCACGCAGUUACGCGACCGAGACGGGAAACUAUUUUACUUACUUUGUAACUUGCAUAACUAAAUAUUUAGACAAGUUUGUGUCAAAUUUUUUUCUGGGGGGAGGAAGGAUUUGCUACCUGUUGGCAAAUGAAAAAAUGGAGUAAUUUCAUGACUUGAAAAAAUUCAAAAGUCAACGACACCACAUAAAAAGGUUCGAGACGUCUCAACUGCAUAAAUAUGACCUCCCUUCGCUCACUCAUCAGUGCUGCAGUCCAUCCAUAAAAUAAAAAUUGUGCCCGCACUAACUAACCACCAACUUUCUCCAUAGAACUUUCUCCUCUUCCAAAAAAGAAAAACAAUUUAUCCCCACUUUCUCCACCAGUCCAAUAAUCCUCUCGACAUGGACAACUACUCCUAAGGAGAGAUUUUUGUGCAAUGUGAUUAUGUGACUAGACCAUCAUCACCCAAACCGGAAGUAGAAUAUAAAAAAGAAAAGAAUAAGGGAUCAAUUUCCAUCGUCACCAUCAUCUCACCACCCCCUCAAAUAUUUUUCUCCUUAUUGUUCUUUCCUCCUCCUCUGUUCCAUUGUUCUUGUCAAGCUCAAUCACACCUACCCAGCCGGCUUCCGUAGGUUAUGUAAUAAUGGUGGUACCUGUAAAUGUAUGUUAUAUAUCCUUGUGACGAGUUGGUCUCAGGUCUAAUAGCCCGUGAGCACUCACCACUGGAACAAGAUCAAAAUCCACAAAGACGAGGAGUAGGAAAUCGCCACCAAAAUCUCAACCUAGUUCAAGAAGAAGAAGAUCACCCCGAUUUUUUAUCUACCCGUAGUCGAAAUCUACUACCCGGUAGUCGAGAAGAUAAGCUAUUUCCCUCCACACUUUCUACACCUCCUCCUGUAGAAGCUUGGUUGCCAAAAAAAUCUGCCGAAAUUGAGAAAAUACGCCCAGACCCAGUUCGACCCCCUAGGGCAGGUAGAAACUCAGCUAAUAUACACAGUACUGACCAGUCCGACAUUGCCCCCGCACCAGGAACUCCACCUACAUCGACUAAGCGCCAAAAACCGAAACGUAGCGUGAGUUUCACGGCAGCAUUUAGGUCCCGGUCGAAAUCGAAGGAUAAAGAUAAGCCGGAAACUAAUACAGGAUUUUUUUCGAACGGUGGGGCCUCCGGAUCGUCCAAUUCUUUGUCAAAAGUUACCCCCACACCGACCCAGCUGGUUCCGAAACCCGGGUUUUUUGGGAGUGGGAGUUGGAAAUUCGGGUCUAAAGAUAAGCAACAGAUAAGCACAGAUAAUAACCCUCCACCCCAACAAAAUGCCAUUUCCUGUUCCACCCUGUUAAGAAAGAGGGGAGGAAAUCUGUCCGUGCCGAGGAUCACGUUCGCUCUGGAGGAAGAAGACCACACUUUUGCAAAUUAUCGCGGCCAAAAUUUCCACACGCCGACCACCCCCGCGCCAGGCGCGGUAGCGACACCAAAUUUAAAAUCUGGUGGCGGGCUACUAACUAAGCGACCACCCCUCCCAAAGUUGGCUUUAACGAGUAAUAAUUCCACUCAGAAUCAUAUAACCGGGCCUGCGACCGCGGCCGCGACCACGACAACCCCACCCUUCCCACCUGCACCAACUUCGGCACCAUCCUCGCGCGGCGGGAGUGUCCCGCGAAGUUUGAUUUUAUCGGCAUCAAAUAAUUCCACGUGUCCGCCAGGUGGCGCCGUCAGCCGGGAACGGACGCCUCAGCAGCAGCAAAAAGAAGCCACGCCUUGGAUCAACAGUCGGACUAAAAACAGCCCAUUUACCCGUGAGGCUAUUAGUGCGCCGCAAAAUUUGAACAGAAUGGCGGGACUUAAUGGAGGCGGGGGCAGCAUGAGUGGUUCCCUUAUGACGCUGGGUGUAGGUGCGAGUGGUCAUGGAGGUCACUCGGUGGCUUACGCGGCGGCGAGUGGAGGCGCAGUUUUGGACGCGAAUUCCUUCAAGGAUUGUGCACAUCCGUCGAUGAAUGAGAACCUUAAGGCGCAUAAUGCCCUGUCCUUCCAAGUCAUUAGAAUUGUGUCCGACUUCACCCAACAACUUUCACAGCUUCAUGAGCAGCACGCUGUCCAGUUGCAAAUGCUGGUGGAAAAUUUCAGAAAGCGGAAUGCCGAGUUGCGGAAGGAAAAACCACCCGGAAGCAGUGCUCUAUUCCAGAUUUGGGAAACGUUGUUACAAGAGGUCGAAAUAGAUUCGCAGGUCCAUUCCGACAUUUCCGGUUCAUUCGGACGACAGAUAGCAAGGCCCCUCCUGGAGAAGACGUUUUGUUUAAAAAUUCAAUCCAGGAAAGUUUUCGCACAUCGUGAGAGUUUCGAGACUGUCCUCAGUAAAGCAGAGUCCUUGUUGGCCAGUGCAUACCGGGACUACAACGACGCGUGUCUGCAGCACAUUCAGGGUGGAAACAAUGCAACGCUGGCUAAUUAUUAUGACGCCCAUAACGCUUACGUUCAGCAAUUGAAGGGAACUAAUGCCAUGUAUCGGGAAUACCACAACGAGACCUUGCCCGCUCUGCUCCAGGUCACGAAGCAGACCGACAUGACCUAUAAUAGCCUCGAAUUGGAGGAGGUGUACGUCGACUUGGUCAACACGCUGUCAGAAUCCAUCCUCCUGGGGUCGGAGAUCGUGUCGGGAAGGGCGCAAGAAUCCAACCGGAGAUAUGAAACGUUGGCGUCGGUGUGUCGAAACGUGAACGGUGGUCAAGAUUUGAAGGAAUAUGUGAAAGGAAUGGUCAUCCCGGCGGCCCCACCACCAGCCAAACACUGCUUCCAGCUUCCUCUUCCUAUCAUACAGGCUUCCGAAAGUGGUGACCCACAGGAUCUUUCCCAUGUGCCAAUAUUGAAGGAGGAGGUGAUAAUGGAACGCCAAGCAGCAGUAUCGGCGAGGAAUCGUCUCGAAGGAUUGCGAAAGGAGAUUGCCAGCAUGGAAUCAGAGAUGAAACAAUUGCAGGAUUCAAUGGACACCUUGAUCCGAAUGCAGGAACGAUCUCUGGACUCGAACCUGUGGAACAAGGCAAACGAGCUUCAAGAAGAAAUCAGCAUGAAACGGUUUGAUCUCCGCGUUGCCCAGAUGCACUACGCCGCUUUGAAGUCACAGAAAGAACUUUACGCUCCCAGCUCGAGUUCCGCUGGUGGUCGAAGUGGCGAAGCAAUGCCGUCAUCCUCAAAAUCCUCCAAUUCUGCCAGCCGGGCCAACGCCAUGGUCGAAGGUGCCGGUGGGGGUGGGGACGACAGUGCCGGUUACGGCCCAGGGGGCAAGGGCGGGUCCGACCGAAAAUUUCCGGGGGCCGGAUCCGGCACCGGGAUGAAGUCCAAGUGGUUGAAGGCUUUCAAAAGCUUGAAAUCCACGCCGGAAAAAGAACCAGAAAAGCCGCCCAUUCCUAUCGAGGUACUGCCGUCGAGAAAACCACAAUUUCAAAUGUUUACCGCAGUGAAUGCGAUAAUGGCGUUGAGGAAAAACGGGAAAGAAAAGGAUUCGAAGGAACCGUUCCAAAUAUUUGAGAACCACAUUUUCCAAGAGUACACUUACAAGAAAAUCACACCGUGCGAUAUUUGCUCACAGAUUCUGAGAGGUCAUACUCGACAAGGAUUACGGUGCCGCAUGUGUAAAAUGAAUGUGCAUCUGGACUGUCAGGAGAAAGUUGGGAAAUGUCAGCCAAAAACGAGGCUCUUGCGAAGGCAGAGAUCCACCUCAGAGUUGGAGACGAGGCUCACACAAUUGGCUGAACAACAGCAGACCGAUGAUGAUCCGGAUGGUGCAAACGACUUUGACUCUACGUAUCAAGUCUUGAAGGAGGCAAAUGUCCUGAAAAAACCGGGUGGCGGUGGUGGUGGUGGCGGCGGGAGUUCCGGAAGUGGGUCAGGAAACGGUCUUCACGGGUCGAAUCAAACUCUUCACUCGCAACAUGAAAUGACCCCGGCACGAAUUGGGAGGUCGAACCCUUCCGUCAAUGUGAUUUCUGGUGGAAGCAGUGCCCAUUCCGGACCCUCCACGCCGGUCCAUCCCUCCGUCGCGGCGGCGUCAGCGUCAGGAGGAAUUUCAGCCUCUGCCCUUAGUCAGAGACGAGAUAGUUAUCUGAGUCGAAAGUCGAUUUCUGCAGAUGCCGAGGGAUCAUCGUCGGCCCGCCAAAAUUUGAUUAAUUUCCCGCCGAGAUCAGUUUCACUUACUGCCAGUCCAAUGCCGCAUAGUCCGAGACGACGGAAAUUGGAUUUAAGGAUGAAAUCAUUCUCACUCGAUUCGCCCGAAUCGACAGAACAUGCACAGAGAAGGCGAUUUGCUCACGCCGGAAGUCAGUCCUCUACUUCGCAUAGCCAAUCGUUGAGUAGGGGGCCUGGACCGUCUGCGGGUUACGCUAAUGGAGGCGGGUCAGGGGGGACGCUGAAUAAUAGGAAUUUGAUAAUAGGCAACGGCAUGGUCCAUUCUAACUCUGCUUCUUCUUCCAAUAAUUACGCUCAGUCCUCCGCUGAUUUCUACGCUCAAACACCAUUUGCCUCCCUCAAUCAUUUCGCUCCAUCAAGCCCGGUCCACAAUCGGAGAGCACUCCUCUCAGCAAGGAACGUGCGAAUGAGUUCGGUCGAGCUUCCGGAUGAGAAUGACAAGUCCAUCAGCUCGGCAAGUACUUCACCAUCUCCUUCGCCGCUGAAACCUCAUCGCCUCCUUCCAACCAAUUUGUACGUGUGUCUCUACAUGUUUAAGGCCCGACAUCCAGACGAACUUGACUUGAAGGCUGGCAACCGAGUCACGGUGGUGGACACGACGGACCCUGACUGGUGGCAGGGCAAGUGCAUGGGUCGCGUGGGAUAUUUCCCUUCAAAAUACGUCACAAAACUGCACACGGGAGAAAAGCCGUUGCAGGUGACGCACAAUUUGCAAGUGACUGAUGGAGCGGAUAAUGGGCUCAAACUGUUGCGGGAUCAAAUUGUGAUACAAAUCGGGGAGGAAUUGGAUGGAAUGGUGACCAUUCGAAACGGCGACAACAAACAAGGCAUCUGUCCCGUCAAGUAUCUUCAAGAAGUUUAAAAAAGCUGGAUCGUAUUAUUAUUUACGAUCCUCCGGAAAAUGUAUCGAAAUUCCAAAGUGGAAUCAAUCAAGUAAAGUUCAACAACAUCGAAUUCUUUGUAAAACUUUUUAUUUUCCAUUUAAAAAAUACUUAUGUAUGUAUUUAUGCACCAAAAAUUUGUAAUUUACAAAAUGGCAAAAACUGAAUUAUUACGGUGCUAAAUAAUUAUAGCUAUUUACAAUUGUGCUUUGACCUCUGAUUUUAUAUGCACGUCAAUGCAGAGCAACGAAUGACGGAUCAAAGAAUUACUUAAUUUGUACAUAUUUUAAUUGUACAUAUAUUAAUUAAACAUUAAUUAGCUAUUAAAACAUAAUUAAUAUGUAA